AUGUUGAUAGGUCAUAUGGAUGUGCUGCCUGAACUUGAUCUAUUUAAAAUUAUGUUCUCAUAUACUCAGCAUUGCUUGUUCCCUAGGAUGUUGAUGGGCCGUUCCGAUGUUCUGCCUGAACUUGGCUCUUCAAGAGAUUUACUGAUUCCUGGCUCUGAGGUUAGUGACGAUGGAGAAGAGGUUAAUUCUGAACAUGUACUCUACACUGCCUCAUUUGAUGAACUUGCGGAGAAGGUUGUCCAAUAUGACACCAUCAUUUGGGUUUCUAUAUCACUGCUGCUGGUAUUAGCCUGGGGCGUUGGUCUCAUCCUCCUGCUGUGUUUGCCUCUUAGAAGAUAUAUGUUUCGGAAGGAGGUUUCUUCACGUAAACUAUAUGUUACUCCUACUGAAAUAAUUUACAAGGUGUCGCGACCUUCAUUUGUUCCUUUCUGGGUAAACUUUGACAUCGACAGACAUGUUCCUCUGUCACAAGUGAUUGACAUAAUUAUUGAACAAGGAUGUUUGCAAUCGAUGUAUGGAGUACACACUUUUAGAAUUGAAAGUAUUGCCCAUGGAAAAGCUGCACCUGUAGAUGACCUACAGGUACAAGGUCUAUGUGACCCCGAGCUUCUGAGGAAGGUUAUUGUAACAGAAGCUUGUAAGAUGAUUAGAGAUGCUGGCAGAGGUUUUCAACCAACCAAUGUAAACUUCGAAAGAGAAAAUAUUCCCUGCAUGGGAUCCGUAAUUGAGGGUCCUGCAGUUCUACGAUCGCCAAUGAAAAACAGGAAGGUGAUGAGCUCUCCUCACCUUGGUUCAGUUGAGCCGAGAGGUUCAACAGGAAUGCCUUCAGAUUUUCUGCUGAAUAAGCUUGAAGAAGUCCAUAAAUCUGUAAAGAAAAUCGAGUUGCUGAUAGAGAAGACACCUACCUAGUAAAAGGGUUGAUCAAGCGCAGAAAAAGGUCGAGAUUCAAAAGAAUUAUGUCAUCUUCUAUUUUGAUGAGAAUUAUUGUUCUGUUAUAGAAAGCUAAAUGUUAUACAUGUAAAAAAUGGGCAUUUUGUUUAGCUUGGUGACCAAAGUUUUUUUGCAUAUUAUUUAAAUCAUUAUUGUUUCAGGUGUUACUAUUGCUUAUUGAAUGAAGGGUUAGGUUAUAUGUUAAAAAGGAAGGUAUCCUCUCUCAAAAACCCUAAAUUAUCUCCUAUUUAUAUAUAAUUAAAACAC